CCUCUGAAACGGUGCAGCGGAUGUUGAGGAAAUCCUUCACGAUGAUGGUGGAAAACAACUGUUUAUGGGUCUAAAUGGUUAAAGAGGAACGAUAUGUGUAUUAACAGUUAUUGCUUAAUUAUUUAGACUAUUAAAUUCGUGUGUUAUUCGCGUUUUGCAGAGAAAAUAUUGAUCUAAAAGCUGAGUUUUAAUGUAAUCACGGGUCCUGCUGCGAGCGUAGAUUUAUCUGGAGGCGAAUUUGGCAUCGAUGUUGUGAUUUAACGUUAGAUUGAAAUUUACACACAAUAUUUGUCCAAAUAAACAUGGAAGGACCGUACAGAAUGAUAUGAGAUCGGUUGAGUUCUGUUGUCAGCGAUUCUCGCGUCUGAUUCACUCUCUUAUGAACACAUCUGAUCUGUGGCGAUGUCUCUAGUAGCGUACGACAGCAGCGACGACAGUGAUCGCGAUGACUCGCCGGGUUUAGUCGCUCGACCUGCGGGCAAGAUCGGCGGACUGUUCGCUUCUCUGCCCGCGCCGAAAAAAACACAACAACCAUCAGUUCCUCAACCUAAGAAAGUUAUGGACCUGCCGAAACCCAAGAAACGCACAGAACCCGUCAGAAUCACCGUUCCUGAAAUAAAACCAGCAGAUUCCGACUCUGACGAUGACGAGCCAGUACGAAAGAAAUCAGCUCCUCAGGGAGGUGGUGGUCUGUCCUCUCUGCUGCCCCAGCCUAAGAAUAUGGUGGUGAAGGAAAUGCAUCGGCCCCUGGUGCCGCACACCCUAACCAAACGCCCUGGAUCGGAUAAGCCGAAGGCAACAACAGGAAAAUCCCAGGGUGUUUCUGGAACCAGCCCAUCCCCGUCCGCCAUUAAAGCCGCUGCAAAGUCAAAGGCGAUGCAGUUAGCCCAAAAAAUGGCCGCCGAUGAAGAGGGAAGUGAUGAUGAGGUCGCUCCGGAAAACUACUUUUCCCUACCAGAGAGCUCAUCAGAGCCUGUGAUGCCAAUAAACCCAGAUUCUCAGCAGUACGUUCCCACUCUACACCCUCCACCCGCUGUGGAAAACUCUCCAUUGGACUUUGGUUCUAAUGCAGACAGUUACAGUAUGCCAGUCGGAGCCAUUCAAGAUGGUCAGAAGGAAGAAUACCCACCGCAGUAUCCUGAGAAUCCACUGCCCGAGACUUCUCCACAGGAUUACCUCGAGGAGGGAUAUUACCAAGACCCAAACUCUGCAGCCGAUGAGCAACACGAUUCAGGCUCCUCUUCAAUGUUCAAUGAUGAAGCAUUUCGUCGGCUGCAGGGCAAACAGAAUCGCGGAAGAGAGGAAAUCAAGUUCUUGGAGAUCAAAGGAGAUGAUCAGCUGAGCGGCAAUAAGCAAUGGAUGACCAAGAACAUGUCAGCGGAGGCCGAGCCGCGCAAGUCCUUCAGCAAGAAAAGAGGAGAUCAGCCAACGGGGCAACAGAGACGCAAGCACCAAAUCACAUAUCUGAUUCAUCAGGCCAAGGAACGCGAGCUGGAACUCAAGAACAACUGGGCCGACAACAAAAUGACGCGGAGACAAACGCAGGCCAAGUAUGGAUUCUAAUGGACUGGAUAUCAGGAUGUUUGUAUUGUUUCACAAAGGAGCGAAGGACUGCUGUGACUUUGUUUAAAACGGCUCCCAAAUGUCUACCUAAUACGGUCUUUCCAUUUGAACAACAUUGGGUUUUGUUAUGAGUUUUAGUUCUGUCAAAAAUCACUUGUAACAUUACAGUAGCUGUGUGGGUUCACAUGAUGAAUUGUUUGUCCGAUAGGGUAUUGUCUUCCACUCUGCCAUCGUAAGCAGUGGCAUAUAUAAAACGUUAUUGACUAGACACUUUACAAUAAGGUUCUGUAUGUUAACAUUAGUUAAUGCGUUAUGUAUUGUGAUUUUUUUUUAUUAUAGCAUUUUAUAAGUUUGGUCAAUGUUAAUUUAUGAAUAUGCUAUUGUUUAUUGUUAGUUCUUAAUGCGUUAACUAAUGUUAAUGUCUAAAAAGUAAUGUUUGUGUGUAAAUUAAUUCAUGGUUAUGUAUUGAAUCUUAUUGUAAAGUGUUACGAAAAAACCUUGUAAAUCUUAAAAAGUGUUUGAGUGAAUCCUCCCAAUCCUGGUUUGAUUCUUUUAAUGGCUCGUUUUCAUUUGAAUGUAGAUUCGUAAUCAAAAACCCUUGUGUAAAGUGUAACAGUUUCAUGACACCUAUAGGAAAUGUACUAAAAUGUUUCAUUUUGUGUGUAAAAACACUUUUACGUGUGAAAUAGUUACUAUAUCACUGCCAGAAAUAAAAUUAAAAAAAACAUUUACCUGAGCAAAAUAAGGUUGGUUCACUAUAUAAUUUUGACUUUUACAAGAUUUCUACAUAGAAAAUAUGGGGGGAUUAUGUUUAUGCUUAAUGUGUAAAUAUGUCUCAAAAAGUAUGGAUUCAAGCCACAAAUAUUAAAUUGAACAGUGAUUUAA